UUCAGAAUACAGCGACCGUACAGGCCGGGGGGUCAUCAUCAUCAUCAUUAUUAUUCAUCGCCCCCCAUCCAUCGCGCAUCAUUGCCGCACAUAAAAAUAAAAGCUUAAAUUCGACGCAACCCCAUUUUCUCUCCAUUAAACCACUCUCUUCAUUCAUUUCAUCUUCAUCUCACGCUCACCAAGAAGAAGAAGACCUAAAACUCAAUUCAAAAAGGAAUUCUCCAGGAACUCUAAUCUAGUUGCAGAGGAAGAAAGAUGUCGUGGCAAGUCUAUGUCGAUGAUCACUUGAUGUGCGAGAUCGAGGGUAAUUUCCUCACUUCUGCUGGUAUCCUCGGUCAGGACGGCUCUGUUUGGGCUCAGAGCCCUGCUUUCCCUCAGGUUAAACCUGAAGAAGUAAAUGGGAUUAUGAAGGAUUUUGAGGAGCCUGGAACCCUUGCUCCAACUGGAUUGUACGUUGGUGGGACCAAAUACAUGGUUAUUCAAGGAGAACCAGGGACUGUUAUUCGGGGGAAGAAGGGACCAGGUGGUAUAACCAUUAAGAAGACCGGCAUGGCUUUGAUCAUUGGAAUCUAUGCUGAACCCAUGACUCCUGGUCAGUGCAACAUGAUUGUGGAGAGGUUGGGCGAUUAUCUUGUUGACCAGGGCUAUUGAGUUUGUCGGUAUAAAUAUUGGCCUUCUCAUGGACAAAGUUUGUGUGUGCCUCAAAGUUGAAAGUGAAGGACGUAGUAUUUUCUUGUACUAUUUAACUAUCUUAAUCAUUGUAUUUUAUUUUGUCUGGUGAUAAAGCUGAUUUUCUCCGUUCUUUUUGAAAUGGAUAAUGCUAUUUAUACCUAAAUGGAAGGGAUUGGUUUGCUAUAUUUUGGCUGUCCGAUUGCCACUUGUUUUGUUUUAGGAAAAGCUUUUAGUGUAGUUGUAAUUUCCCCUGAUUGAUUGGUAUCCUCUCUCCGGUUGGAUGCCAUGGGAUCCUCUCCUUCUUAGGUUUUUGCGGCCAGAACUGGUAGAGGACCUCUCAACGAGGACUAGGCGAUUCUAUGUAUGCGUUUCUUAUACUUGGAAAACAAAAUUGAAACUAGACAUGAUACGGGGUACCGAUGAUAGUGAACUUGGUCAAUGUCCAUUGCAAAUGAAUUUAGACAUGAUCUAAUUACUCUCAGAAUGUCCUGUUGGAUUGACGAUGCUUUAAGAGGAUGUUUUAGAAUAUAAAUCUAUCAUCUGGGAACGAUUGGAUUUAAAGAAGUUGUAAAUGCAGGCUUGCAGCAACAAAAAGAAAGUUAAAGAAUACCUGAGGGUCGUUAUAUUAAAUCGUUGUGGAACAAUACAAAUUAUCAUAACCUAUUGUCUAUUUGAAUCAUCUUGCAAAAUCAAGUUUAAAAAUAAACAAUACCCCUAUAAAAGAAAGCUUAUCUCAUGAAUUCAUCUGAAUGGCUACAAUUUUAGGACUUCUCAAUCACGUCUAUGAUUCAUUCUAUCAAGGAGAAUUUGAAUAAGCGAUCAGAGUAAGGUGUUUUUAUUGGGCAUUUGUACAAAUUUAUUAUUAUUAUUAUUAUUAUUAUUAUUAAUUUUUUUAAAAAAAGAAAAACUUUUGGAAGUUGAAAAAAGCCAAAUAAA